AUGUGCACCAUGGACAUUUACACAUACGUUUACCCUGACGGGCAUAAGAAGACGUCUCUCCCGUACGGCCAUUCUGCAGCACCGGCAUUUUCCGGGCCAUCUAGCUACCUUUCGCCGUAUGUCGAUCAAUGCCCCCCCUCUCCUACCUACACUCCGCGGACAUCGACCCCAGGCCACCGUUCUGGAGACGAUUCGGAUCGGUCAUACCGCGGCUCAACAGGCGGCAGACACAGAAGGUGGUCAGGAGUCUACGUCAACGGACAAAAGGUCGAUUCAAACCACCACAGUCGAGACAGAAGAGAACGCAUCCUGCUCGUGGAUCACCCGCCUACCCCUCCGCAAACACCUCCCCAAGCUUUUGCAUUCCCCCACGCUGCCCCAUCAUCACCCAGCUUUGCCAAUACCUCGCCUUUGGUCGUCGACGCAACACACCGCGGCCCCGCCUCUCGUCGGCCAGUAAUUGUGGACGAACGCUUGUCUCGCGGUGAUGGAAACCGCUCCCACAUCCGUAUCGAGGUCAUUGAUGGCGAUCGAAGCAAGGACAAGCACGCCCGUCAGUCCAAGCUGACGAAAAUCGCCAAGGCCAAUGCGGAGAUUGCAAAUCGCCAGCCCGUGCCCCUCAAACGCACAGGCGCAGAGUACGGGGACACGGAGCGAGAGGAGGAGCAGCUUUUCCGGACCAUUCGCCAGCUGAAUAUCGAGGAGCGUCGAAUAUCAGACAUGGCCCGUGUUUCGACAAGGCUCGAGGAGCUGGAGGCUCAGCAGUACCAACUGAGGCAGCGUAUGCGCCGGAACCGGGUGCAAUACGACGAUGGGGUUUACAGACGGGGGUGA